CUACCUACAUACAAAUCUCUCUAUCACCCGCCAACGUCUUUUCGAUACAGCAAACGCAUUUAUUAAUUUCUCUUUCUCUGUAAUCAGCGAAAAAAUAAUUAAUUUAUAAUAAAUAGGCGGAAACAUUAAAAUUACCUUCGUCGAAUCUCUUUCCCGUCAAUUGGUUCUUCGAUGGACGAAUCAUCUUAUCGCAACCUCACGGACUUACUCAGGAGAAGCUCUGUUACAGAGACAUCUUGCUAUGCUCAGUUCCUAUCAUGAUCGGGCUUUUGAUUGGGUGGUCUUGGCGUCCGAGGUGGACCGGUUUGGUUUAUCUAGGUCUCCGUUUUCUCUGCACUGUUCCGCCCGGUUUCGGAGCUCGCCGUGUUUGGCUUGCUUUCACCGCUCUCUCAGUGUGUCGCACUUUAUGGUCAAGGCUCGGUUCGAGUGACAAGAAAUCGGAAGAGAGUGGUGAAACAGAAGCAAUCUCAAGAGUUAGUGAUACAGAAGAUACAGAGAAAGAGCAGGAUCUAGAGCAUUUGCUGCAUCUGCUUGAAGCUGAAAAUGCUAAUAUGGAAUGGCAAUCUAUGAUGGAUAAGUCUACUCCCAAUGUGAGCUACCAGGCCUGGCGACAUGAGCCUCAGGUCCUGUUGUGUAUCGUAGUCGGACUGUUUUUGAGGACGCAACUCCAGAAACUGUUAGGGAUUUCUUCUGGGACGAUGAGUUUCGACCUAAAUGGGAUCCUAUGCUUGCUUACUUCAAAACUUUGGAAGAAGAUCCUAAUACAGGAACAACUAUUGUUCACUGGAUUAAAAAGGAGAAUAUGGGAAUCUGAAAAGAAGUAUUAUGCUGUGACUAAGGGAGUACCGUAUCCAGCUCUACCAAAGCGUGAUAAACCCAGGCGAGUUGAGAUUUAUUUCUCAAGCUGGAUUAUCAAAGCGGUUGAAUCUCGAAAAGGAGAUGGACAACUGUCAGCUUGUGAAGUCUCUCUUGUCCACUGCGAAGACAUGGGAAUCCCAAAAGACGUAGCAAAGUUAGGAGUCCGUCAUGGCAUGUGGGGAGCCGUCAAAAAGCUAAACUCCGGGUUAAGGUCUUACCAAACCGCUAGAAAAGCAGGGGCGGCUCUGUCACUGAGCGCGCAAAUUGCAAGAAUCACUACAAAACUGAACAUGGAUGUGGCUGAAACAUCGAGGGUAGAUGAAGAAGAGAGAGGGCGAGACAUGGAGAAGGCAAGGAGACGAAAGGAUCAGUUCAGUGUAGAUUGGAAGUUGAUCGUUGUAGGAGGAGUUGCACUGGCGUGUGGGCUUCAUUCAAGUGCUAUUGGCAAGGCCUUAAUGUUUGGAGCUGCGCAGAGACUUGCUCGUAGACGAACUUUCUUGCCUAUGUACAUCUUCUGAUUUGGUUUGAAGAUCCUCUGCGUAUGGUACAAAAUCAUCACCAAAUCUUGUUUCCGAUUCAUCUGAAUCCCAAUCCUCAUCGUCUAUUUCAGAAACUUCUCCUUCUGCCAGAAUAGCAGCUUCUUCUCCUUCUCCAUAUGUCUCUGAAUAUGCAUCCACUUCUUCCUACAAGCCAGAAUAGCACCAAGCCAUGUGAGACCUUAAUAUACACAAUCUUAUGAUGAUGAAAACCAGAAUACGCACGUCUGUUUCUUCUGUCUCCUCAUCGCUAGAAGCAUAAGCCACAUCAAGCUUAUUAUAUAACUCUUCAUCUCCGUUGUCUGCUAUCUUCUCCAUUUGUUCCUGAUAAAUUGGUUGCAAAGACUUGUGUUAGUCUACCAUUACAUAACAAAUUGCAUUCUUUUGUUCAAUCAAUGAAUGAUAAAAGGGUAGAGCCAUUACAAGUUCCGCU